AUGUCGGACCUCCAGGCUCUCGAGAAGCGUCUCCGCAUCCUCGAAGACAAGGACGCCAUCACCUCUCUCCUCAACCGCUACUGCAACACGGCCGAUGACCGAGAUUGGGUCUCCUUCGGCCAAUGCUUCACCGAAGACGGCGUGAUGUGCUUCGAAAACUGGGGAGAUGUCGUGGGACAGGAGAAGAUCACGGCAGCGGCGGGCGGCGCCGAGGACCGGUUUGAGGGCUUGCAACACUCCAUGACGAACCAGCAGGUGGACGUGGACGGAGACGAAGCCGCUUGCAGGUGCUACUUGUGGUUUGCGGCAACCAUGGAUCGCAGCAAGCCCCACGAAUACCACGCCUUUGGUGGCCACUACAGGUUCAAAUUUAGAAGGACGGCGGAGGGGUGGAGGAUCUCGCAAAUGCAACUUAAGAAGAUGUGGGCUCAGAAUGAAGAUACUGAGGGCGUGUUUAAUGCGUACGAGGUACUGCGAUGGAAUAGGACGCGGAAGUUUCGUGUGCGGAUCAAGAUCAACGAGUUGAGCUCCUGCACUUGGCUUGGCCAGGGUUGA